AUGGGAGAACAGCCCUUUGUGGAGCUGUUUCACCAUCAGAUCCCGCUGGCGGGUUGUGUGGGGACAUUGUUGUCAGGGGAAGAGGUGAUCGCUGCCACGCUGUCUGUCCCGCAGACCCGCAUCCCGCACGGAGGAGCCGGCUCAGCAUCGCGGGCCCGUGCCCUGCCCGAGGGCGGGCUCCAGGAGCUUCAAGGAAAUCCCGGAUCCACGGCCAGGAGCCCUGGGAUGGCCCAGGUGCUCUGUGGGAUAACCUGGGAGGAGCCAUGGAAUGUCCCAGGAAAACCACAGAAAUUAAAGGAAAUCGCCUCAAACGCCCGCCCGGAGCCCGGUCCUCCCGGCCGCCAGGGGGCGCUGUGGCGCCGCUCUCCGCCGCCGCUUCCCGCCCUUUCCGCGCGCUGCGCGUGCGUUGCCGGGCGCGGGCCGGCGGGCGGCGCGCAUGCAUGCGCGGGCGCGCGGGCCCGGCGGCGGACGGGAAUUAAAAUGGAAGAUGAGGAGGUCGCGGAGAGCUGGGAGGAGGCGGCCGACAGCGGGGAAAUAGACAGACGGUUGGAAAAGAAGCUGAAGAUCACACAGAAGGAAAGCAGAAAGUCCAAAUCUCCUCCCAAAGUGCCGAUCGUGAUCCAGGACGACAGCCUUCCCGCGGGGCCGCCGCCGCAGAUCCGCAUCCUGAAGCGGCCCACGAGCAACGGCGUGCUCAGCAGCAGCCACCCCGCCAGCCGCCCCGCCUUCCCCGUCAAAUCGCUGGCACAGCGCGAGGCCGAGUACGCCGAGGCCAGGAAACGCAUCCUGGGCAGCGCCAGCCCCGAGGAGGAGCAGGAGAAGCCCAUCCUGGACAGGCCGCCGCGGAUCUCGCAGCCCGAGGACGGCCGGCAGCCCAACAAUGUGAUCCGGCAGCCGCUGGGCCCCGAUGGCUCGCAGGGCUUCAAGCAGCGCAGAUAGAGGCGGAGGCGCCGUUCUGCCGGCACGGACACACGGACCCGGGCCAGGGGACCUCCCGGGGUGAUUUGCACUGUGACCCUUUUGCUCUGCCCACUGUGACCUUCAGCCCCACGCACUGUGACCUCCCCUCUCCACCCACUGUGAGCGGCCGUGGCGGCAGGGCUGUCCCCCCGUGCGGCCGGGGGACACGAGGGGCCGUGCCGGACUCGGCCGGGCGCAGGGAGUCGUGCGUGUCCCACUCGGGUCGGAGCGAGCGCCAGCAAUAACGUUUGUUGUACUCCAAACCUGGCAUUUAAGG